AUGCCCCCCUGGUCCACCGAGCCACCCCAACUCGGGCCAUGCCUCUAUCGUCCAGCAAUGCUACUCGAUGUGACCCGGAGCGAUGAUACCGGAGGCAAGUUCAGCACUCCGUACGAGCACAUGUUCCGUCCCGACGAGCUGAACCGAGACCCAAGGAACGAGCCGCUGUCGAUCGAGGCAUUCGGAAUUCGGUACGCGCGAGCGAGCUGUGCGCGCAGCAGGCUUGGCGGCUUUAUCAAUCUUCAACUUCUUCUCUGCUGGUCCGGUCCCUUGCACGCGACCUGGCUGAAGGGAGAGGCGCUGACGCGGUGCUCAGACGCCAACCGGGGCGCUAGAGUUUGA